AUGCAAGACAAAAACGUCACCUUCAUCUCAGAUGUCAUCCUUCUCAGUUUCCAAAAUUUUAAAAAUGUUAAGCCUUUAUUCUUUACUCUACUUUUGGUGAUUUAUUUUGCAACUGUGAUGGGAAAUGUUCUGAUCAUCAUCUUGGUCUCCUCUAGUAAGACCCUUCAUUCUCCGAUGUACUUCUUCCUCUCACAUCUCUCUUUAUCUGACCUCCUGCUCAGUACAGAUAUCACCCCACAAACACUAUCAAUAGUCCUGAAUGGGACUGGCACCAUAUCUUUUACACGCUGCCUCUCUCAAUUUUACUUUUUCUCAGUGUCUGAAUGUUCGGAGUGUCUUCUCCUCACCGUGAUGUCUUAUGACCGAUUUUUGGCCAUUUGUAACCCGUUGCGUUAUCACAGUAUAAUGAGCUGUACGUUGCGUGUCACGUUGGUCACCAUGUCUUGGCUGUUCAGUUUUUUAUUCAUAUUGGCUGAUACAACAACAAUUGGUCUUCUAGAUUUUUGUGGGCCCAACGUGAUUGACCAUUUCUUUUGUGACUAUGCGCCCAUAUUAGAGCUUUCCUGCUCAGAUGUCUCUGUAGUUCAGCUGGAAGUCAUGCUUCUGGGUUUUCUGGUGCUUGUUCUUCCAUUUGGAAUAAUUUUGGUUUCCUAUGUUUAUAUUUUACAAGUAAUUUUAAAAAUAUCAUCCAUCACUGGAAGACACAAAGCCUUCUCCACCUGCAGCUCCCACCUCACUACCGUAUCCCUGUUUUAUACAAGUUUGUUCAGUGUUUAUGUCCUUCCAACUGGACGAUCAUUAUCCACAGGUAAAAUCCUAUCUAUGUUUUACACAAUGGGAACCCCGCUGAUAAACCCCAUUAUAUACAGUUUAAGGAACAAAGAUAUAAAAGAAGCUUUUAAAAAAGUUAUCAAUGUGGCUUGA